AUGAUGCAGCUCCUCUGGUUCAUCGCUUGCUUCCUAAUGGGAGCAGAAGGUGUUCAUGGACAUGGUGAACACUGCAGCACAGUCUCAGAUGGCGCCGCUGUCCGUGCGAGUGAGUCCGAUGCUUCAGAACUUUUCCAGUUGGAGAUGAGCAGAAGUCUCCAUGGAUCUCUCUCUGGUGGCGCUCUUGGCGCCGGCCUGCUUGACAGCAACUCCGGUGGCAUUUUCGGUGGCGGUUCCGGUCGCUCUGGCAGUUCCGUUUCCGAUACUCCGGCCCCCGAGCCACCAAACGAGGCUUGUGACACGAACUUCUUCCCGGACGCAACAAUAUGCAAUGUGAACGAGCAGAACCCUCAGCGGGAAUGCAGCCCAUCAGACAUGACGGCUGGCGACUUUACGAACUGUUGGUUCGACGGACUCCCCCCUCCAUUAACAGGAAGCAAUCCUUGCCCCGGCACGGCCAACAGCACCACAGCCAAAGUUGAAUUGCCCGACGAAACACUCGAAUUCUGCUUCCCAGUCCCGCCGGGAGUCUGCCCCGCGCAGGUGUGUAUCAAGUCCGCAAGUUCUGGCGUACUCUGUUACGACGGUAUUGAGAACUGCAGUGCGCCAACCAAAGACCCCAGCACCACCGUUUGUACAAACUACACUGGCAGUGGCGACUUCUGUGUCGUGGCCACACUCGCCUGCAUCGAGCACUACAACCACCACAGUGGGGCCGACUACAACAACCACUCUGGCUCCUACAACAACGACGACACUUGCACCUACGACAACCACGACCCCGGCAGCAACAACAACCACCACAGUGGGGCCGACUACAACAACCACCCUGGCUCCUACGACAACGACGACACCUGCACCUACGACAACAACGACCCCGGCAGCAACAACCACCACCACAGUGGGGCCGACUACAACAACCACCCUGGCUCCUACAACAACGACGACACUUGCACCUACGACAACCACGACUCCCGAGGAAACCACCUCCACCACAACAUCAACAGGAACAACGUCAACGGUUCCUGA